UGCGCAGGCGUUCCUCUCUCCUUCAGCGUGAAGAACCUUUACCGGAACUUAGCAUAUCUUCUCCAGACCUUCACGUUGCAGACAUGGAAAUUGCAAUCCUCCUGUUGGUGCUGACAGCUGUACCAUCCAGCAAAGCUGUUUUCAAGAGAUUGCAAAGAGAUCAAAGCUCUCCUGUUUUCCCUUCUGCCUUGUAUUCCUCAUUCAGGAGUUCAGGUGGUAUCUGUCUCAAUGGAGGAACCUCUGUCCCAUCACUGCGCGGUGAGCACAUGUUCUGCUUGUGUCCCGACGGAUUCGAAGGAAGUCGCUGUGAGACAGAGAAGAACGUCGGCUGUUAUGAGGGUCUAGGACUUUACUACAGUGGGACACAGUCCAGAUCAGAGAGCGGACAUGAGUGCCUGGAGUGGGACCCGCAGACCCGAGAACGAUAUUUGACUGAGGAUGUGAACGCUGGCAGGCACAACUACUGCAGAAAUCUCGAGUACAAACGUCGACCAUGGUGCUACAUUUGGAGAAACUAUCAACUGUCCUGGGAGUACUGUGACAUUCCGCUCUGCAACUCCGACCCAGUCAUGCCUCCUCUGGAACCUUCUGAGCCUACAGAACCACCAGAACCAGAGACACUCACAACCUGGAUAUGUGGUCAGCGCACCAGGAGGCGACAGGCCAAGAUUGCUGGUGGAACCAUCUCCACUGUGACUGCUCAUCCAUGGGUAGCUGCGAUAUUUUGGCUAAAUAAAUCAAAGCAGAAUGUCUUCAGGUGUGGAGGGAGUCUGAUCUCCAGCUGCUGGGUCCUCAGUGCUGCCCACUGCUUUCCAAAAGGCAAAAAAGUGAAACCGCGACGUUUCUCUGUUUUUCUGGGAAAAAACGCUCUGAAUGCCACCAAUGGGGCGACUGAACAAAACUUCCAGCUGGAGAAAAUUAUCCUCCAUGAAGGUUACAACAACACCAACGGAAACCACAUUAAUGACAUCGCUCUCCUGAAACUGAAAGCCAAACAUGGCCGCUGUGCGAUGGCGAGUACGACAGUGAAUACGGUGUGUCUCCCACCGCCGUAUGAGAACCCCCAGCCUGGCACCACAUGUGAGAUUGCGGGAUACGGGAAAGAGAAACACAGUUUGUGGUACAACUCCCAGUACCUGCAGGAGGCCCAGGUGAACAUCCUGGACCACAGUGUGUGUCGGCAGCAACAUUACUAUGGAAACUUAGUCCUGGAAAACAUGUUUUGUGCCGCUCAUCCCGAAUGGAGCAGCGACGCUUGUGGGGGGGAUUCCGGAGGCCCGCUGGUCUGUCAGCGGCACCAAGCAAUGGUCCUCUACGGCGUGAUCAGCUGGGGUGACGGCUGCGCCAGACAGUAUAAACCGGGUGUCUACACCAAAGUUUCUGACUACAUUUUGUGGAUUGCGGAGAAAACUGCAGUCUGGACAUGAGCAAGAAGAAUUUAAUAAUUGACUGAACAUACAUAUUUUUUUCUUUCUACUGUUAAGUACGGCAGACAUGCAACACAAGACUGUGUCAAUCGAUAGUUAGAAGAAAGCAUUUAGUCUAACAUUAUUAAUUAAUCAGCUCAAGAACAAAUCACGCAAUGUUGGAAGGAGUUAAGAUCAAUACUAUAAUUUCAGUAAUACACAACAAUAAACGAAUGACAAGGAUGACAAGUAAAUCCUGGAAACAAAAUAAAAUAAUUUCAAAUUUCAAAUUGUACGGUAAAUCACAAAACGAAAUAACUGAAUGCACUUAUUAACAAACAAAUGACUAAACACACCAAAAAAGUACUUUUGAUAUCAAACAACCAUCAAUGAAACACACGAUCCAUUCCUGAAUGCGACACAAUUACUGAACACAACAGCAGUUUGCGUCCUUGCGAACCGCAUCUUAAAUAUGCAAAACAACUGCAAUAUAGCCAAAUGAGAAAACGUAGGACAGAACAAAUGAAUCCAUUCAAAAUGUCACUGAAUACUAUAGUGUUGCCAGUUGACAAGGACACGUCGGUGUAAAGAAGCUCGGACUACAAUACCCGCGCGCAGCUACAGAAAGUGUCAACAGGUGGCAGCAUAAUUCCAUUAGCUUUGCAGCACCAGAGCCAUUUAAUAAUAAAUAAAAGAUUCCUUCUGAAAAGAUGAAAAACAAAAGCUUGAAUAUCAGAUUCAUUAUGUUGUAUGUGCCAUAUUUAAAUAGCUGAUCAUAGCGCUUAUUUUUUUUCUUAAUAACCAUCAACCAAACUGGAGAGAUGGACACUACAGUUUGUGACAGUUUGAAGACCUUUUAAUAGUGCAUUAUUAAAAGGUAAAAAGGAUUAAAAAGGCUGUGGUAUAGGUAUAAAUACUGGAGUAUUGUAUAUUACAGACAGGCUUUGUCAUUACGUUCACUUAAAAAAAACAUCUCUUCAAGCAUCAGAAAUUGUUAUUCCAUGACAAAUUGAGUUUUAAUUUUGAGAUUCCCUUGUUUAGUCAGAAAUGAACCGAUCACAAUUUGUUGGUCUGACUAAGAUAUUUAAGAACUAUUUUGGAUGGCUCUUUCGCAAUCUUCUCACCUCUGUUGCAUGCUACAGUAACAUUCUUUCUUGGACUGUGUCGUUUUGUUUUUUUCUUUGUGAUGCUUCCCUGCCUCUGAUGAGUCACCCGUGUGUAAGAGCUUGGUUAUUAAACAAAAUGCUUCCGACAAGGACAAGCGUUUGACCAUGUUUCCACUAGAAAUGAGAGUCUAGGACAGGUGCAACAAUGGUGGCUUGUUUAGAACCAGUCCAGUGGUUGCUGUCGGUUUGAAUGAUGAGAGGGUGAGGCUGGUUACAUCGCAGUCCCAAGUCCCAAAGCUUGUGUGACAGGAAUAUGCAGUCAGCAGGCACCAACGACAUUCUACUUUUCAAAAUAUGAUUCGUCUUUUUAUCCACUUAUUUUGCUUGCUCUUUGCAAUCAUGUGCAU